CCUGUCAUUUUACCACUGACAAGUCGACGUAAGAUUUUUUGUUGGAUUUCUUUAGUUUUUUUUGUGAAAAUUUAUGGAAAAAUUGAGGAUUAGUGUAUAAAAAGCUAUUUAAAUUAUGUAAAAAUAUAACUAAUGUGUAUCCGAUCAUAUACAUUUAUUCUAGAAUUUAAAAAUCAUCAAAAGAAGUAAUCAUUUUAAGAAGUCUGCAGCUAUAGCUACUUUAACUACUGACUCACUUUUUUUCUGUAUUGACUGGUCUAAAAAAUAGACAAUUUUGUUGCCACAAUUAUAUUUUUAACCGAAUUGUAGACGCAAAGAUGUCUUCUUCGGCGAUAUAUGUUUUGGAUGUGAAGGGAAAAGUGCUAAUAUCGCGCAAUUACCGUGGCGAUAACAUGGAUUUGGCCGUAAUAGACAAAUUCAUGCCGUUGCUAAUGGAAAAGGAAGAGGAGGGCAUGAUCACACCCAUAUUGCAGACGGCCGAAUGUACUUUUGCCUACAUAAAAACCAACAACUUGUAUAUUGUAUCCACUACGCCGCGCAAUAAGAAUGUCAAUAUUGCGUUGGUGUUUGUAUUUCUACACAAGAUAGCUCAAGUGUUUAUUGAAUACUUUAAGGAGUUGGAGGAAGAGUCCAUACGGGAUAAUUUUGUCAUAAUAUACGAGCUUCUGGAUGAACUCUUAGAUUUUGGCUACCCCCAAACAACAGAUUCGAAGAUUUUGCAGGAAUACAUUACGCAGGAGGGUCAUAAAUUAGAAAUACAACCACGUAUUCCUUUGGCCGUUACAAAUGCGGUUUCAUGGCGCUCAGAGGGUAUUAAAUAUCGCAAGAAUGAGGUAUUUUUGGAUGUUAUAGAGUCGGUCAACCUACUGGCUAAUGCCAAUGGAAAUGUAUUGCGCAGUGAAAUUGUGGGUGCCAUUAAAAUGCGCGUCUAUCUGUCUGGUAUGCCCGAAUUAAGAUUGGGUUUGAAUGACAAGGUUCUGUUCGAAAGUACUGGACGUGGUAAAUCCAAGUCUGUCGAAUUGGAAGACGUAAAAUUUCAUCAGUGCGUUCGUUUGUCUAGAUUUGAAAAUGAUCGUACAAUUUCUUUUAUACCACCUGAUGGAGAAUUUGAAUUAAUGUCUUACAGAUUGAACACACAUGUAAAACCCUUAAUAUGGAUAGAAUCAGUUAUUGAGCGUCAUGAACACUCUCGUGUCGAGUAUAUGAUCAAGGCCAAAUCACAAUUUAAACGUCGUUCGACUGCAAACAAUGUAGAAAUUAUUAUUCCCGUACCAGCCGAUGCAGACUCACCGAAAUUCAAGACCACCAUUGGUAGUUGCAAAUAUGCACCCGAACAGAAUGCUGUAAUUUGGACCAUUAAAUCGUUUCCUGGUGGCAAGGAAUAUUUAAUGCGUGCUCAUUUCGGACUGCCCAGUGUUAAGAGUGAAGAUAGCUUAGAGGGCAAGCCACCGAUUCAAGUGCGUUUUGAAAUUCCCUAUUUUACAACUUCUGGCAUACAAGUGCGUUAUUUGAAAAUCAUUGAGAAGAGUGGUUAUCAGGCUCUACCUUGGGUGCGCUACAUCACUCAGAACGGAGACUACCAGCUACGCACUAAUUAAUAGUUGCUUUUAAUGGAAUAAUUAAUGCCUUGAUGUUUCUUCUUUAAAAUAUAUUUGUAGUUUAUGAUUUAUUAACACUAUUUUGCAAGGUUUAUUUUUCUGUUUUUUAUUACAUUGUAAGAUUUUAUUCAAAUAUUUCAUUAAGAAAAAAAAACAAAAUUCAUUCCGUAUUAAAUUCUUUAAAUAAUUGAGAAUUUGCAUAGGUAUUCUUUUGAUUAUUUCGUGUACAUGUAUUAAAGUUUUAAUGAAGAAAAUAAAAAGACUUUGUUUUUAUUUAUA